AUGGCCGAGCGGGGCCGCUUGGGCCUGGCCGGCGCGCCCGCCGCGCUCAACACGCCCGUGCCCAUGAACCUGUUCGCCACCUGGGAGGUGGACGGCUCCAGCCCCAGCUGCGUGCCCAGGUUGUGCAGCCUGACCUUGAAGAAGCUGGUGGUGUUCACGGAGCUGGAGAAGGAGCUGGUCUCGGUGGUGAUUGCCGUCAAGAUGCAGGGCUCCAAACGGAUCCUGCGGUCCCACGAGAUCGUGCUGCCCCCCAGUGGACAAGUGGAGACCGACCUGGCGCUGACCUUCUCCCUGCAGUACCCUCAUUUCUUGAAAAGAGAAGGCAACAAGCUCCAGAUUAUGCUGCAGCGGAGAAAGCGGUACAAAAACCGGACCAUCUUGGGCUACAAGACGCUGGCAGCGGGCUCCAUCAACAUGGCCGAGCAACAAAACUUCAAGCAGAAGGUCGUGGCCUUGCUGCGGAGGUUUAAAGUGUCCGAUGAGGUCCUGGACUCAGAGCAGGACCCUGCAGAGCGUGUCCCCGAGGCGGAGGAGGACCUGGACCUUCUGUAUGACACGCUGGACAUGGAGAACCCCAGUGACAGCGGCCCUGACCUGGAGGAUGAUGACAGUGUCCUCAGCACCCCCAAACCAAAGCUCAGGACGCCCCCCGGCUCCCACCCUGUGGCCAGGUACCUGGGCUCCGUGGACUACCGCUACAACAACUUCUUCCAGGACCUGGCCUGGAAAGACCUGUUCAACAAGCUGGAAGCCCAGAGCGCCGGUGAGGCCCGGGCGCAGGACACCCCGGACAUCGUGUCGAGGAUCACGCAGUACAUCGCGGGUGCCAACUGCGCCCACCAGUUGCCCAUCGCAGAGGCCAUGCUGACCUACAAGCAGAAGAGGAAAAAGAACUUUCAUUUUGACUUUACCCUCAGCCCUGACGAGGAAUCUUCACAAAAGUUCAUCCCCUUUGUAGGGGUGGUGAAGGUUGGAAUCGUGGAACCGUCCUCAGCCACAUCAGGUGACUCGGAUGACGCAGCCCCCUCGGGCUCCAGUGUGCUCUCGUCCACCCCGCCGUCCACGUCUCCCGCGGCCAAGGAGGCCUCACCUACCCCGCCUUCCUCCCCGUCAGUGAGCGGGGGCCUGUCCUCCCCCAGCCAGGGCGUCGGCGCCGAGCUGAUGGGGCUGCAGGUGGAUUACUGGACAGCAGCCCCGCCCGCAGACAGGAAGCGAGAGGUGGAGAAGAAGGACCUGCCGGCCACCAAAAACACGCUCAAGUGCACCUUCCGGUCUCUCCAGGUCAGCAGGCUGCCCGGCAGCGGCGAGGCUGUGGCCACGCCUGCCAUGUCCAUGACCGUGGUCACCAAGGAGAAGAACAAGAAGGUGAUGUUUCUGCCCAAGAAAACCAAGGACAAGGAUGUGGAGUCCAAGAGCCAGUGCAUCGAGGGUAUCAGCCGCCUGAUCUGCACGGCCAAGCACCAGCAGAACAUGCUGAGGGUCCUCAUCGACGGUGUGGAGUGGAAUGACGUCAAGUUCUUCCAGCUGGCGGCCCAGUGGUCCUCCCAUGUCAAGCACUUCCCUAUCUGCAUCUUCGGACACUCCAAGUCCGCCUGCUAG